AGAUGAACGAUAACAGGUUGUAUAAUUAAAAUGCAAUGAAGACAAUCUAGGUUAAACUGUCCAAUGAAAUCAUUACCCAUUUCUGAAUUUCGCAGUUCAAGUCCCCAACCGUCAUUCCUUUCUGGACCGCCUAGGCGCAAAGACGUAUCUUGAAUUCCACAACCAGCAGCAUAUACACAUUUAUCACAAGCAAAAUUCUACGUAGUUGAAGAAAAUCCAGAUUCAAGUAAAGUUGAAGAAAAAUUCUUAAAGGAUGCUUGCUGGGCGAACUGUGUUUAUCACUGGUGCCAGCCGUGGCAUUGGAAAGGCCAUAGCUCUCAGAGUUGCCAGGGAUGGGGCUAAUGUAGUCAUAGCUGCCAAGACAGCAGAUCCACACCCAAAACUGCCUGGGACUAUAUUUACUGCUGCUAAAGAAGUUGAAGAAGCUGGUGGAAAAUGCCUUCCCUGUGUGGUUGAUGUCCGCUUUGAAGAUCAGAUAGAAAAGGCUGUUGGUGAGGCAGCAAAGCAGUUUGGUGGAAUUGAUAUUCUCAUCAAUAAUGCUAGUGCCAUUAGCCUGACAGGAACAGAUGUCACACCUAUGAAAACAUAUGAUUUGAUGAUGGGAAUCAACACAAGAGGGACAUAUCUUUGCUCAAAGGUUUGUUUGCCAUAUUUGAAGAAGGGCAAAAAUCCACAUAUUCUCAACAUUAGUCCUCCAUUGAACAUGAAUCAAGUAUGGUUCAAGGAUCAUGUAGCAUACACAAUGGCCAAGUAUGGGAUGUCAAUGUGUGUUCUGGGGAUGUCUGAAGAAUUUAAGAGUUAUGGCAUAGCUGUAAAUGCUUUGUGGCCAAGAACAGCCAUCUACACAGCUGCUAUGAAAAUGUUGGGGGGAGGAGAUGACGUUGCCAAGCAAUGUCGUAAACCAGAAAUCAUGGCUGAUGCUGCAUAUCAGAUUCUUACCAAAGAUAGCAAGAGCUACAGCGGUCACUUUGCCAUUGACGAUGAAGUCCUUACAGAAUCAGGUGUCACAGAUUUAGGACAAUAUGACUGUGUACCAGGUAAUGUACUUCUGCCAGACUUCUUCUUAGAUGUUGAUCCCAAGCAGCUUCAGGAUCAGUUAGAUGAUGGUAAACCAUCUGCCAGUGGACCGCAGAAAAUAUUCCAAGCCAUUGAGAAAAUGUUAGAUGAAGAAAUGGUGAAGUCAGUGGGAGGAGUGUUCCAGUUCAAUUUACAAGGUGCAGAUGCUGGAACUUGGUACUUGGACAUGAAAAAUGGUGCAGGUGCAGUUGGUCAAGGGGAGCCAGAGGCGGCAGAUGUCACUAUGACCAUGGACAGUGGGGAUUUUGUGAAGAUGUUUGAAGGAAACCUGAAGCCAACAGCAGCAUUUAUGACAGGGAAAGUGAAAAUAUCUGGCAAUCUUGGUUUUGCAAUGAAACUUGAGAAACUGAUGGUACAGAUGCAGAAGAGCCAGAAAAGUGGUGAAGCAGCAGAGGCCGCCCAGCAGGCACCUGCUGCAGGAACUGGGGGACCACAGAAACUGUUCCAAACUCUUGAGAAAAUGUUGAAUGAAGAAUUGGUGAAGUCUGUGAAUGGAGUGUUUCAGUUCAACUUACAAGGUGCAGAUGCUGGAACUUGGUACUUAGACAUGAAAAAUGGUGCAGGGGCAGUUGGUCAAGGGGAGCCAGAGGCGGCAGAUGUCACUAUGACCAUGGACAGCGGGGAUUUUGUGAAGAUGUUUGAAGGAAGCAUGAAACCCACAGCAGCAUUUAUGACAGGAAAACUGAAACUGUCAGGCAAUAUGGCCUUAGCAAUGAAGCUUGAGAAGCUGAUGGGACAAAUGCCUAAAUCUAAAUUAUAACUUCGGCGACAUGUGCGAGUUGUGAAAAUAUAUGCACCAGCCUCAGAGGAAAUAGUUUUUACAAGAACUUCAAGUUAAAAGAGUGCUGUGAUAAUUAGAUUUAUUAUUGUAAAAAAAAUACGUAAAAUAAUUCUAGCUUCUAAUUUUUAAGGUCUAUUGAAACAGUGCUUGAUUUCAGCUUGUAAUUGAGAUUUAAAUGGAAUAUACCAUAGGAGAAUGUAUAAAUUGUUAUUAGGAUAAGGCAAUUUCUGAUGUACUAUACAGAGGGAAGUGUUUGUAUAAUAUUAUUUCCAUUUUACUCAUGAAGAUUAAUAAUAAUAAACAUUGUAUAAAGAUUAU